AUGGACUCCUUCCUCCGCCACAACCAGCUUCUCCAGCAGAACGCGCACGCGCGUCAGGCUGGAGGCGAGCCCCAGGGCUUUGCGGCUACGGCCGCUUCGUCUGCCGUCGUCAACUACGACGACAUCAGGGCGUUCUGGGGUGGAGAGGGCUUCCCCACUCAGGGCAAGCCCGUCGAGGAGGUAGGGGUAGGAAGGGGAACGGAAAAGGGCGUCAAGCGCGAGGAGCGCUUCACGCCCUGGCGCGAAGACAGCGCGACUUCACCGCGCACGGCUCGCUACCUCAGCCUCACAGACGACCUCACAGGCCUGCGCGCAGGCAUGGAACUGGACCCGCUCGUCGUCCCCUACACCCCGCAGAACUCGGCGCGCCAGCUGGGUUCCUUCGGCGAACCUGCUCAGCUUCCCGUGUUCCACGUUGAGUACCAGGACAACGCUCUGGGUUUCUAUCCCGACGGCACGGCUAACUACAACGGCUUGCAAACGCCUCUGACUCAAGAAACGGCAGCUCUCCACGACUUCGGCACGACACCCGCAGCUCUUGGUAUGUUCGACGACUUCGGCACUGGCCUCUACACUCCCUGCGGCUCUACCACGGCUCAGUCGUUCUACGGCACCCCGGCAAAUGGCAACCACGGUGACUUCGACCAGCUCGUUGUACCGCCGGAGUGGUACUACGGCGCUCAGGUAUCGAGUGACAUGUCCUCGGCACCGUAUGCGGCGAACGGCUAUCAUCAGCAGGCGAACUCAGGCUUCUCGUACGUGGCACCUAACGGCAGCGGCAACUUCACGCACCAGGCUCAGGCGGCGGCGCUCCCUCCGGCGGGUUAUGGCGUGUGGCAACAGGGCAUGGGCAGCUUCGCUCCGGAGCAGGCGUUAACGAGCUACUCUGUGGUACGGGCGCCUACUCCUCUUCACCUUGCUGGCUUCCCCUACGACACUGCACCGAACCCUGUCGCUAGUGGAAGUCGGGCCCCGACGGAAGCACAACAACGGACACAGGUUUCAUCCGCACACCCUCAGACGCAGGACUUCCCAGCGGCUUCCGGUUCACGAACUCAAGCCCGCGCCGUCGCUGAGCCACAGCAGAAGGUCACCGCCAAGCCACGCAAGGCCGUGAAGAAGGCAACGGGGAAGGUCAAGUCUUCAUCGAGUAAGGUCACAACUGGUAUCCGCCCGCCACCGCACUCCCUGCCUCGGUUUGGGUCCAGGGCCAGCCUCAAAAAGCUGGUCACCCUCGUUCCCUUCGCCGAGCGCUUGACCACGACGGUCCCUAACGCAGUCGUGAGCUACUACGACGCGCGAAAGGCCAACUACAUCCUGGACAAGCACAGCACCCUGCCUCCCAUCAAGUGUCCCGUCGACGGCUGCAACGUGACCUUCACGAGCCUCUCAACCUGCCGGCGCCACGUCGACCACUUCGCCGGCCUCUACGUCCAGAAACGGCUGGACGACCCGGCACACUUCGACGUGCAGAAGGACGCUGAGUUCGGCAAGGGAAGGGUACACCCGAGGGACCCGGGGAUGGCCGCCGUCGCUUGUGGCUACCCUGGAUGUUCGGCCAUCUACUCGCGCCCGGACGCCGCGAGGCGUCAUCGGAAGAUCUGCACGUUCAAGCCUACGGACUUGUUACCGACGGCACUUCCAGCAGGGGACGCACUUGCCGCGGCAAGCUCUCGGGAUUCCGGGGCGUAG